GUUUGGAGCAAGGCAGAUGACCGUUUCGGAUGGAAAAUCAAUUUUCUGCUGAAAUUGUAGUGAAAUUACCAAGUUUUAAAAAGUGUUUUGUGAAUUAUGCAAAGUCACGAUGUUGCCUCAAGCUAUUCCACUGAAGUUAACGUGAACUCUGUUGAUGCCACGAUGACCUACUCGCCCAUUCUCCUAGCAGCCCGUGACCGCUUCUGUCGGCUCUGUCUGAAGCAGUCGGACGCGUUCCUGAUUCCACUGGCGGCCAAGCUGGAGCACGUGUCCGUGAUGGAUAUGCUCGAUGCCAUCACGGGGCUCGAGCUGGAAGUGAAUCCGCUCUAUCCGACCCGGGUCUGCCCGGACUGUAUGACCAAGCUGGACAAGGCGUACGGGGCGCGGCAGGAGUUUUUGAACAGCGCGGAACUGCUGCUGAAGAUGGCGGUGGAGGACCGAUUGCCGGCGUAUUACGGGGUGGUGGAGGAUGAGAUUUUACCGGAGGAUGAGGUGGAUGAACCGGAAGUUCAGGAAACGUUGAAAGAAGAGGUUGAUGGGGAAGAGGUGGUUAAGGAAAAGUUUGUCUACUCGUGGAAGGAACUGGUCAAGCCGAAACGAAUAAAGAAGGAACGGCCGCCGAAUGCGCUGACCGGCAUCAACCGGAAGUCUCGUGCAGACGAACAGUUGCUGGCUCAGUUUCCGCAGACGACGUGCUACAUUUGCGAUACACCGCACGAAACGUUGGAACAACGGGAUGACCACCUGAACUGUCACGUUCCGAUGGUUCCGCAUCGGUGUGAUGACUGCAGUUCGGACGCCGUGCCGGUCAUCUUGAAAAGUGUCCUCACGCUGAAUCGACACCUGCUGAUGCACCGGAUGCCGUACAAGUGUGACUUUUGCUUCCGGCGGUUCAUCUCAACCGGAAGUCAGUACACUCACGUGUGGAGCAUGCACAUGGGCGCAACAGAUGGCAUGACCUGUGAUUAUUGCGGCAAGAGCUUCACCCAAAAGCGGUCCUUCCAGGCGCACGUCCGCCGCCACAAAUACAAAACAACCGGAAAGUUUAAGUGCGAAACCUGUGGCGAAACGUGCGGUUCCAGUUUGUUGCUGAACCGUCAUCGGCUCAAACACACAGGGGAAAAGGCAUUCACCUGCAACUUCUGUGGAAAGUCCUUCAGCCGGGCUUGCAAUCUGCUGACCCACAAACGAAUCCACACCAACGAACGGUGCCACAAAUGCCCGGACUGCAGCAACACCUUCCGGGACAGCGUCACGCUGCGCAAACACCGCGAACGGUUCCACCUGGGAAAACCAGCCCCGGUUCCGAAAGUCGAGCGCAAUCCGUUCACCAUGACCGACGACGGACGGAAGCAGUUUUGCUGUAAAUUCGAAGGUUGCUCCUACACGACCACAAGCAACACCUCAAUUUCCCGACACAAGGCACGCCACGUCAAGCGGUACUCUUGCGGGGACUGUGGCAAGCGGUUCGCCGAGCCGAACCUGGUCCGGAAGCAUCAGGAGGCGAUGCACAGUGGGAAGGUUAGGAGGAGAGUGACGACGACGACGACGACGAAGGCGGAAACGGGAGCGACGGUGAAGGAAGAUUCGGAGCUGUGUGAAGGGGAGAAUGAAGUGGUGGUUGAAUAUCUGGACGAGGAGCAGCUCAAGCUGGAGUACGAAGUGGAGGUCGUUGAUGAGAAGCAGUAGAAGGUGGGAGGUAUGUGAACGUACUCUAUUAAAUUGCACUACAAUAUGAUUGAA